GCACCUGACAUCAGGUCCUCCGAAGUCUACCUUCCUUCCAUCGGUGUACAUCAUCUCUGAACAUAGCCAUGAAUUCCUUGGUAACUCUCAUACUCCUCGGCCAGAUUAUAGGAUGCACGUUUAGCCAUCACUUGUUUCCCCAACUUGAUUGCAAUGGCGAAGAAGCUGAAAAAUUAGCAGAAUUGGCCGUGCACUACAUCAACGAGCAUAAUCUACACGGAUACAAACAAGCUCUCAAUGUAAUCAAGGAUAUUCAUGUUGUGCCCCGGAGACCCCAUGGGAAGGUAAUCUUCCUUGAGCUGGGUGUUCUGGAGACAGUGUGUCACGUGUUGGAUCCAACUCCUGUCAAGAAUUGUACUGUAAGACCACAGCAUUACCAUGCUGUUAAAGGAGACUGUGAUGUCAAGCUGCUCAGUGAUGAGGGCAUCGACAAAGUGGUUGCUUCAAAAUGCCACUCAGAUCCAGAUUCUGUGGAAGACGUGCGGCAAAAUUGUCUGAAAUGUCCAAUUCUGAUACCUCUGAAUGACCCUCACGUGGUACAAUCUGUUGAAUACGUGCUCCAUAAACACAAUGAAAAACAGCCUAACCAUGCUUAUGAAGUCCUUGAGAUUUCAAGAGGACAGCACAAAUAUGAGCCUGAAGCUUUCUACGUGGAGUUUGCUAUUGUGGAGACCAACUGCUCUGCUCAGGAAGCUCAUGAUGACCAUCAUGACUGCCACCCCAAAGCAGCAGGAGAAGCACAUAUUGGAUUCUGCAGAGCGACUGUUUUUAGAUCGCACGCUGCCCUUGAAAAACCUAAAGAUGAACAGUAUGAGUCGGACUGUGUCAUCUUUGAUGUCAAGGAGGGACAUUCUCACACCCAUUUGAUUGAGCAUCACUAUGGAAAAAAUAUUGCUUCUCCAGGACACAAUAAUACUGUCCUGGACCUCGUUCAUUCACACAAUCAUACAAGUGCCUCACAUGAGUCUCAUUCUCACGAGCAUGUGGCAGUUCCUGUGGUUGAAGCUCCUGUGGCCAAAAGAGAAGCUCCAACAGAGAUACCACAUGACCACACACACGCUGCAAAACUUUGUCCAGGAAAAAUACAUCACUUCAAGGUGUAGGCCAGCUGUGCCAGAGAGCAGAGAGAAGCUGCCCAGUUAAUGCAAAAAAAAAAAAAAAAAACCCUUUUCCAAAUCUGAAUUCAAACCUUGAAUCGAAAAAGGAUUUUUACCCUGAUACGUUACCGUCUUGGCCAAGUGUUGUGAUCCCCCGUUGUUGUUGUUACAUGAAAGAGGCUUUGUAUUUGUGCCUUUCUGCUUUUAGAAAUGCAGAUCUCACUGCGAACUUAACAUCUUCCAGUCUCUCUUUGUUCAGCCAAGGAAUGACAAGAAAGUUGAACAGAAAUUAUAUUAGCCCCAAAGUCAAAUUUCUUCUUUUUUUAAAAGAGAAAAUGCAUAACAUUUGACAAUAUCUGCUCAUCAUCUCUAAUACCUUAUAAGAUCCCCACCCCGGCCAAAUGUCUCACCAUGCUACAUUAUUUUGCAGGGGUAAUGUUGAACAAAGUCAACCUAUUGACAGCAAAAGGCACUGGGUAUUUCCUAAAUAAAAUGUUCAAUUCUAAAA